CACAGUACUGUGGUCACUGUGAAGAUACUGGUGAAUGGGUUGUUAAAUUGUGGAGGUCAUGCUAUCAUCACUAUGUUACCAUCAUUGAAACUCUGAUGCGGUGUUUCCGGUGAUGAUAAAUCGACGGGCCAAAUGGUCUUUAAAUUAUUCGAUGGUGAGGGAGGGGAGACGAGAUCGAGUCCUUCAGUUUUUGAAAGUCUUGACGCGGUGGCGAGUGUGAUAGUUGGUCCCUUCCAUUGGUCGAUCAUUGAUUGUAAUCGUCGAUUCGUUGACAGGAUCUGAGUUGAGUCGAUACCCAGAUACAACGCGAAGACGAAAAGUGGAUAAAAAUUAUGUAAGAUAAUUGAAUUAUAUUAAUAAAAUAUUAAUAUAAUAUUUUAUUAAUAUUUUUAUUGUGAUGUUUGUGAACUUUUAAUGACUUAUCAACCUCAAGAGGACUUUGCAAACGACCGAUUGAGAAUAUUCAAUGGUCGAGGAAAAUUCUACGAAAUUGUUACGCAAUUCUUCGGAGUGUUCCAUAAUUUUUAUCUGAAUUUUCCGUGAAAAAAUUAUGAUAACGACAUUUAAAUUUUACUAGACUUUUCCGCAAGUCAAUAAGUGAACCUGAAUUCUGCAAUUUUUGUGGAAUAUUUCCCUUCGUCUGUUUAAAUUUCAAAAAAAAUUGUGAGUAUUAUUGAGUGAAACAAAAUUGAAGUUUCAAUCGAUGAAUGCAAAAGCAGAUCGAUAGCACUGACACAACUUCUAUAUUGUCAUUAUUGCAUUUGAUUCACGAGUGCAUUGACAGAUAUCUUUGUGUGCUUGUGACUAAUGAAUACACGUAUCGACAAAUUAAACAAAUUCACCUCCACCAGAUAAACCGAUCAUCGGAAUGUGACAGCCAGCAGUGAUCGAUAUUAUUUUAAAUCGCAAAAAAAAAAUCGCAUUGUUUUACGAUGAACAUGUGCUGCCAGCAGUACAAACUCUGAACGAGGGGAUUUGAAUGUAAAUCCGCUUCGAUAUUCGAUGGAGUAAGACUCAAUCCAUAAGACAUCAUGUUAGGAUUGACGUGUGAUCGAUAUAAAUUCGAUAAAUGGCCUCAAUAUGCAGCAGCGAUAGCCAUAAAUUUGUCAGCGGUAUUCAGUGGAAUGUUGGCAGGCUGGCCAUCACCAACAAUUCCUCAACUGGUUAAACCAGAUACACCAGUGGGCACAGUACCAAUGACAGAGGAUCAAGUGUCUUGGUUAUCCUCCGUUGCUGGUGUCUCAUCAAUAUGUGUUCUUCCAUUUUACGGAUGGUUAGCAGAGCGUUUUGGACGGAAAACGACAGGAUGUUUUAUGGCUUUACCAGCAGCAGCAAGUUGGCUAUUCAUACUCUUCGCCAACAACUUCUACCACCUCCUCAUCUCUCGUUUACUAACUGGACUCGUUCACGGAAUUUGUUUUUCUCUGGUGUCAGUUUACGUGUCGGAAAUUGCUGAUGAAUCGGUCAGAGGACAGUUGGGAAGUUUUCUUGGUUUUGGAAUAAAUUUGGGAAUUUUUAUCACAUUCAUAUGUGGAGCAACAAUGUCUUAUCAUUCGGUUGCAAUAUGCGGAAUAAUUGUGCCGUUGAUUUUCUUCGGGGCAUUCCUGGUGAUGCCCGAAACACCGAUUUAUCUGAUGAGGAAGGGAAAUGUGGAGAAAGCUACGAGGUCUCUAAUGUGGCUGAGGAACAACGACAAAGUGGCUGUGGAUCGUGAACUGCUGCAGCUUGAGAAGAAUCUGAUGGAAAUUGAUUCGAAGAAAUCCAGUCGCCUGAAUGAUCUAAUUAGUGACCGAGGGACAAUCAAGGGAUUCAUCAUUUCCCUGGGGCUCUUCGGUGGACAACAAACUUCUGGAUGUUCAAUUGUGAUUGUGUACACAGCGACGAUAUUUGAAGUGGCCAAGAGCUCAUUGGCCCCCAAUUCAGCAGCAAUAAUAGUUGCAUUGGUUCAAAUUAUCGGAUCAUCAGUGGCUCCAUUGAUAAUAGAUCGUAUUGGAAGAAGAGCUCUCAUUCUGCUGUCGUGCGCUGGCAUGACCAUUUGUCAUCUUAUGUUUUUUAUAUUUUUCACGUUGGACCGACAUAACUACGAUGUCUCGCCAUUCUCGUGGCUUCCACUUGUUGCACUGUCGAUUUAUUCAAUUGCUUAUUGCAUGGGACUUGGUCCAGCUGCAUAUGUCGUUUCAACGGAAGUCUUGAAGCCAGAUAUUGCUAGUCACGGAGUCUCUAUUUCAUUAAUUUUUGCCCUACUCUUGAGCUUUGUCACGACAAAAUUCUUUCCAUUUGUAUCCAUUAAAUUCGGUGAGGAUUAUUCCUUUUUUAUUCUCGCUUUAUUCUGCAUUGCUACAUUUUUGUUCACAUUUUUUCUCGUUCCGGAGACCAAGGGACGAUCGAUGGUCUCAAUAUUCGAGGAAUUGAACGGAAAAAAAUGUGAUAAAAAGACCGCUAAUGACGAGGAAAAUUUUGAUAAAAAUUCUUCAAUCCAGACAUAGCUAUGACAUUAUAAUUUUGAAAAUAAUUUUGAUCUCAUUACUGACAGCUUCAUGACAUUUCACACGAGACCAAAACGUGACCCACAAUUAUAAAAGUUCUCUUCGUCUACACAAAAAUCGGUGAAAAAUGGAAUAAUUUCCCCGAAGAAUCUACCAAAUAUAGAAAUCACAGUGAAGACGCUCCGACAAUUUCCAAGAUUUCCAGAUAACCCGAAUAAAUGUUUAUGUAUCCAAACUUCUCCAGUUUGCCAUUUCCCUCCCUCUACAUCCUCCAUCCCACCCUCAGGAGAGAGGUGGCAUUAUCCGAAACCCAAGUCUCAGUAUUAUUCUAUAAUCUAUUCCGCGGGAUGACAGUGUUCGCGAUAGCAGUUAGGGGUUGGUUGCAUGCCAGGUUGGUCUCAGUCGGUUCGCACGCCACCACUGGCAUCGAAUCCAUUUCUAACCCAUCCGAUAGACCAGACCAUAUCUCUCUAAUUCUGUUCGGCUCUCCCCCUCAAUUGUAGUGGUGCUCGAGGUUGAGACUCUAGUGCACCCCACCCACACUGUUAGGAGGGUCUGAGGCACGUGUAGAUAGAGAUAGGGCGUGCUAUUCGUUGUUACCGCUUAUUUACCAUGUAAUGCGAAUAGUAUCAGUGGUAUGGCAUACUGGAGUAUCCGUGGAUUAGUCGAGUAAUGGGGUGGUAUGAGGGGUGAGGAGGAGAGGGAGGGCACUUGUUACCGAGUAGAUAAAACUGGGCUUGAGUUACAAAAAUAUAAACGCAAAGAUAAGCAACAAUAGCUGUGAAAUAUGAUAGUGAAUUUUAUUUUAAUGGGAGGGUUUGUAUAUGGAAUAUCGAGGGGUUGUCUUGACGUGACAGUCAUGAAGAUGAAAAUUAUAGUGUCACGAUGUGAUGUUAAUGUUGGAAAGACUGGGGGGGAAAAUGAAAUGAUGGGGUGGAAUAAAAUGACAUGAAUUACGCGCGAUUUCAGGGACUUUUUUUUAUGUAUCUCAGUUCCUUUGGAACAUUUUGUUUAUGUGAAAUAGAUAAUGUUGUUGUAGUAAGAAGAUUUUUUUAUGUGAAUCAAAUAAAUCGUAUUUUUGUAGAUAAAUAAUGUAUUAUUGAUUUUUAAUUGUUAUAAAAUUAAAGAAAUUCAAUGACUGUUACAUGCGGAUGAAAUAAUGAUUUGUGGAAAAUAAAUGAAUUUAUAUUGAUUGGUA